AGGAGAUAGAUGAUGCCGCGUAUGGUCCAGUGACGACGACGUCGGAGUGUAAGAUACGUUUUGUAGCUGGUUGUAGCGGCGGCCGCUUGAAGUCACCAACGAGGUCACUCCGAUGAGUCAGUUCAAGUGCGUUGAAGUGCAUGCACACGAUACGAGAGUUCCGCCGUGCCCCGAGAGAAGAAGGUGUAGAGUGUUUGAAGAUUCGAAGGGCCGCGCGCGAUUAGAAGCAGUGUUAGGAGUGUGGGAGAGACACGGGGUGGCGUGGCACAGCACCGCACCGGGAAACCGGGGGAAUCUCGCUCCACGCAGUCGCGCGCUACUGCCAGUGCAUGAACGCGGAUAGUUGAUGUGAUUUUUAUGAAAAUAAGCGUGCGCAUUUUUUGGACGUAGCAUGAAAUUGGGCAGAUGAGGACUUUUUGGGCCUUCAGUGUGUGUGUGCUGUGUGAACCCCUGACACUUUGGGUGUGUGUGUUGUGAAAGUAAUGUGUGUAAGCCUUUCUAAAACAGAAAAAAGCGAACGGUUGUCUAUCUGCGGCCACCUGAAGAUGACAAGUAAUUCGAUUCCCUUUCGAACGUCAAAAUGCGUCCGUUUUGAGCCCUUUUUGAGCCUGCCAUUUUGCAGCCCUUAAAAUGACGGCUUGAAGCAAUCAAUCUGCUUAUCACGCCAACGGCAAAGCGAGUGAGAAACAAUCCGUGGCGCGAGAUAAACCGUUUGCCAUUCACGCCAGCAGUUACAAUACUAAAUAGGCCCUAUUGGCAAAGAAGAGGAGGCAGUCGGCGCGAGAGUGUCAGUGUGCAAACGCAAAGAUAGUACGUGAUCGACCCCCGCUCGGUGGGGGGUGUAUUUUAUAUUAGCAGCAUUUCAGCACCAUCCAUUGUACAGUACAGCCUGCCCCCCCCAUCAUAAAACAGUUAAUUGUUUAUUUUUCGCGACGUGCAACAUGGUAGGAAAAUCCGGCACACAGAGUGCGAGUGCGCUAAAGCGUGUGUUCGAUUUUCUAAUGCCUCACGUGUACCGAAGGCGUUAAUAUGCAAACAACAAGCAAACAACCAUCAUCACCACCUACCCUCCCAUAGAGGGAGGCUUUUCGGCAUGACCGGUGGCGUACCAGCGUAUGAGGCUUUGAUUUUGCGUUCGCGUACGUGAUGGAACGUUUAAAAAUGAGUUUGAUUAAUUGGUGAUUAGUGCUUAAAUUAAAUUAACAUCAUCGCCCUGCUCGCCGACCGAUGCUUAGUUGAGGGGGGCCGAUGCUUAGUUGAGAAGGGUGGUGUACGAGAUUGAGUGUUUAUAAUUUGACACCACCACUGCCCAACACCCUCGAACCGGGGCAGACAGAGAAUGUACUAGGCCUGCAAUGAACUUUGUGGCUUACUUCAACCAGGUGGUGGAAAACAACUAAAAAGAAAAAAAAAUGUUGUAACGAUAAAAUUGUGUUACACAUUAUGUAGUGUACAAGCGGCUCUAUCUUCUGUUUCAACGUUGGCAUGUGUUUGUUUGUAAAAUUACUCAAUCUUGUAACAGUGUAGAGCUAAAAGCGGGGCAAAAAACUACUCGUGCCACGCCAACUCGAGUUAUGCUUUUAUUUAGUUUACCUGCAAAAUGUUAAAAAAAAAAUAAACAAAAACAUACAGCCACUCAAAGUCCAUCAACACGUGCGUGACCGUUUGUGAAUGAGUUCAAGCAUGAUUCGUUCACCCUGCGCAGCUGCUUCGUUAGAACGCUUUUUCGACAACGGCGGCGGCGGCGGUUGGGGUCAUAGCUCCGGUCACAGCAGCAAACUGUCCGGCAUAAGCUUUCCGUUCUAAUAAUCAUGGCACAACGCCGGUGUGACAACAAGGCACAGCAAAAAAAAAAAGAAGCGAGAUCGCAACCGCGAGGUGGUUAUUUUAAAUGCAGCGCUUAAUGUACGCAGCAAACACGCAACGCGCGCGUACUCCCAUUGACAGGAUGAUUAGCAUAUUUUCACUUUUGAUUGCAGCGUAGAACGGUGACCGGUGGAAUGGUGCAAUCAGAUCCCGGUGGUGAAGGUGAAAUUAAAGUACCUCCACGGGUAUUGCCAAAUGUGUCGCGUUCUAAAGUGGACGCGAUGGCAGGUGUUGCAACGCCGGCAAUAUCAGCUCACCGAGGUUGACUAUCACACGAAUGGUUUGAAGCUAGAGAUUGGCGUUUUACAGCUUAUCUGAUUGAGAAAGUGUUGCCUGAAUAAAAGGGAAAGGGUUGAACGUAGGCUUAAGGGAUUAAAGUAUUUCUGAAGGAUUAGGUUAGGUAACAUUCCGCUGCUGAUCUAAUCAAUCAAAUUAACCGCUUUCAGCGGAAGCCUAUUGACGUUUGGUACGACGGGCUGUCAUAGAAAUUUGAUCUCCAAUGCAGAGAUGUAACGCAUACUGCAGCCCUUUGACUGAUUAGAAGGUUCCCGGGGUUUCCUAAUUAAUGGCCCUUUCCAGUGAAUGUUGCAUCCCCAAAAUGUCAAACGCGUAACAAAGUGGAAAGAAAAACCACAACGCCCGUGUUUUGAGUUUAGUGAAAGCAUCAAGCAAGUGAAAUGAAAGUGUAAAAAACCGGGACACCAGGGACCGGUCACUGGCACCUAGCAGGGAGACUCGGUGAACGCCUAGUUUGUAGUGAAAUCCCGGUUCAGAUUUAACAAGAAACUCUGCUCUGGAGGUGGUUGUGUUAGGUGAUUUGUUUUCGGUUUGAUUUUUUCCCCAUUCCCAUUCUUCCCGUUGCCGUCCUGCGUGUUGCUUCUGAUGCUGUUGCAUAUGGUGCGUUUUUGUGGUUGGAGAUAACACGCAUAUCGAAAGUGCUACCGGGUCCGUGCGCUACGCUGGUGGAGUGUGCGUUUCCAUGAGCGGCAAUGGGACGAACGUACGCGGAAGGCGAGAUCGUUCCAGCAACCUGUACAAGACGACGGGCGGAGGCGACCCGCUGCGAAUAAUUCAAAACAAGCUGGAACUGUCACCUCGCAACUGGAAUAUGGCAUACAAUGGACUGUCGCAGCAUGUGGACUUCAGCAGGCUGCCGAACCCGAGCGAGCGGUUCGAGCUGCUGGACCUGAUCGGCGAGGGCACGUACGGCGAGGUCUACAGCGCGAAGGACAAACACACCGGGCGCAAGUAUGCGGUCAAGAUAUUGGAGAGCAUUGCCGAUAAUAUCGAGGAGAUCGAGGAGGAGUAUCUGGUGCUGCGCGAUCUCUCCAAGCAUCCCAACAUUCCCGACUUUGCCGGGCUGUUCCUGAAGCGCGGCACCACCGUCGAGGAUGACCAGCUGUGGUUCGUGCUGGAGCUAUGCACCGGCGGCUCCGUCACGGAUCUGGUUCAAGGUCUGCGCAGCCGGGGUGCACGGCUGUCGAACAACCAGAUCGCGUACAUACUGCGGGAGACGGUGCAGGCGCUGGUCUUCCUGCACGAGAACCACUGCAUGCAUCGGGACAUCAAGGGCCACAACAUACUGCUGACGGAGACGGGGCACGUGAAGCUGGUCGACUUUGGCGUGAGCUCGCAUCUGGCCGCGACGAUGGCGCGGCGAAACACGAGCGUUGGCACACCGUAUUGGAUGGCGCCGGAGGUGAUCGCUUGCGAGCAGCAGCUGGAUCAAUCGUACGACUCGCGGUGCGACGUGUGGUCGGUGGGCAUUACGGCGAUCGAGCUGGCGGAGGGAGAUCCACCGCUGUGCGAGCUGCACCCGAUGCGAGCGCUGUUUCAGAUCCCACGCAAUCCACCCCCGAAGCUGUCCCAUCCGGAGCAGUACUCGUCGAUGCUGUCCGACUUCAUAUCGGAGUGUCUGGUGAAGGAUCUCGAGCAGCGCCCGUUUUCGAAGGAGUUGGUGACGCAUCCGUUUCUGAAGAGCGUCGGUCCGUAUGUGGACCAGAUACGGCAGGAGCUGCGGGCGGAGAUAGCGCGCCAGCGCGAGGAUGGUCGAGCGCCGAGCCAAGCGAUCGCCACCACCAAGUACGGGAAGUUGAAGUCGGACCGCAAAUCGAAACCGCAGAAGAUGUACAUGGACGAUCUGGCCGCGCUGGACGUGCUGACGGAGGAUGCGAUCGUUGAGCAGCUGCAGAAGCGCUACGAAACGAACCAGAUCUACACGUACAUAGGCGACAUACUGAUCGCGGUCAAUCCGUUCAGCCAGGUCGGGCUCUACACGACACAGCAUCAGCGCAAGUACACCGGGCAGGCACGGUCGGACAAUCCGCCGCACAUCUUUGCAAUCGCCGAUGCCGCUCAUCAGGCGCUGGUGCACCAGCGCCAGAACCAAGCGAUCGUGAUAUCGGGCGAGAGCGGGUCGGGCAAGACGGAGAGCGCCAACCUGCUGCUCAAGCAGCUCGUGUACCUGGGCAAAGCGGUGACGAAGAACCUGGAGGAGCGCAUUCUGCAGGUCAAUCCCAUCAUGGAAGCGUUCGGCAAUGCGCGAACGGGCAUUAACGCGAACAGCUCCCGGUUUGGGAAGUAUCUGGAGCUUACGAUGGCCCGCAGUGGCAAGGUGAAUGGGGCACGCAUCUUCGUCUACCUGCUGGAGCAGAGCCGGGUGGUGAAGCAGGCCGAGGGUGAAGGUAACUUCCACGUGUUUUACUACAUGUACGAUGGGCUGCAGGCGGAGGGUCGGCUGGAGGAGUACUAUCUGCAUCCUUCGUACCGGAAGACGCACCGAUAUCUGCAGGAGACGGCCACGCUGCCGAAAACGAACGUGGACCGGUGGAAGCAGCUGCUGGCAAGCUUCCGCGUGCUCGGCUUUAAGGACGACGAGGUCGACAUGGUGAACCGGGUGCUGGCCGCCAUCCUGAACCUCGGCGACAUUGAGUUCGGCGAGAUGGACUCGAACGACAACACGGACAGCCGGGCCCGGGUGAUCGAUGUGGCGCCGAUGCAUCGCGUCUCGAAGCUGCUGGGCGUUGAUUCGGCCGACCUGCUGGAGGCGCUGUCCUCCAACUCGGUCGUGACGCGCGGUGAAACGAUCACGCGCCACAACAACGUGGCGGAAGCCUGCACGGCCCGGGACGCGAUGGCGAAGGGCUUGUACGGGCGAUUGUUCGAUUGGAUGGUCAAUCAGAUCAAUCUGCUGCUGGUGCACAACAGAAAUAGUAACAGCUCGGAACAGUUGGCGGUUGGAUUGUUGGAUAUUUUUGGGUUCGAAAACUUCAGCAAAAACUCCUUCGAGCAGCUGUGCAUCAAUAUCGCCAACGAGCAGAUACAGUACUAUUUCAACCAGCACAUCUUCACGUGGGAGCAACAGGAGUACAUGGCGGAGGGUAUACCGGUCGAUUUGGUCGAGUUUGCCGACAACCGUCCCGUGCUGGAUAUGCUGCUGAGCCGCCCGCUGGGACUGCUGGCACUGCUGGACGAGGAAUCACGCUUUCCGCGCUCAACGGAUCGUUCAUUGAUUGAAAAAUUCCACAACAACGUGAAGUCCAAGUUCUACCAGCGGCCAAAGUCGGAUGCGGUCUGCUUCGCCAUCCACCACUUUGCCGGCCGGGUGGUGUACCAGGCGGACGGGUUUCUGGAGAAGAAUCGCAACUUCCUGCCGGCCGAAAUCAUACAGCUGAUCCGCCAAAGCCAGUACGACAUGAUACGGUUCCUGUUCCAAUGUCCGAUCACGAAGACGGGCAACCUGUACUCGGCCAUCCAGGAUACGGGCUCGCGCCAGAACGUGCCGAGCUUCAUCAAGGUGGACACGAAGGAGAAGUUUAACUCGCGCGGGCUGGCGUCGCAGUCGCGGGCCCAGCAAACGGUGGCGACGUACUUCCGCUACUCGCUGAUGGAUUUGCUGCAGAAGAUGGUGACGGGGACGCCCCAGUUCAUACGCUGCAUCAAGCCGAACGAGCUGAAGGCGGCCAAAUCGUUCGAUGCGGCAAAGGUGUUGAAGCAGCUGCGGUACACCGGGGUGCUGGAGACGAUCCGGAUUCGGCAGCAUGGGUUCAGCCAUCGGUUUACCUUCGCUGACUUCCUGAGAAAGUACUGCUUUUUGGCGUACAGUUUUGAAGAACGUGUCGUAUCGAACCGAGAAUCCUGUCGCUUGCUUUUGGUGCGCUUAAAGAUGGACGGAUGGGCGCUGGGAAAGUCCAAGGUGUUCCUCAAGUACUAUCACGUCGAGUACCUUUCGAAGCUGUACGAGGAACAUGUCCGUAAGAUUGUGCUGGUGCAGGCCUGUGUAAGACGCUGGCUGGCGAAGGCACUGUACAAGCGCGAGAAGCAGCGCGUCGCGCUGAGUGCCGUCACGCUGCAGAAGCACGUGCGCGGCUGGCUAACGCGCCGCCGCAUGCGCAUACUGAAGGAAAAGCAGGAGCGGGAGCGCUUGGAGCAGGAGCGGUUGGAAAAGGAGCGUUUGGCAAAGGAACGGUUGGCAAAGGAGAAAAAGAACAACGAGCAAAACAAAGCAAAGCAGGCGUUGGCAAAGGCGAAGCUCAUACACCAGCUGUCGAGCAACCAGCUGGAGGCGAAACACAACCACCACCACGAGAAACGCGCCAUGGACAUGAACAACAAGGAAAACGAGCGGGCCGCCAUCGUCAUCCAGAGCUACUACCGCGGGUACACCAUCCGGAAGAUGCGCAUGACGCCGGAAAUCGAGGCGAAGACGAAGUACAUCCUCGGCAUCGCGAAAAACCGCGUCGAGGCGCAGCGCAUGAUGCAGAAGGAGGGCUUCGCGAAGGAGGACGCAGCCCGCAUCAUCCAGCGCUACUACCGCACGCAGAAGAGCAAACACAACAGCAACCGCGAUGCGAUGGCGGCAGCGGUAGGAGCGGCAUCGGCGGCGGCGGCGGCCGGCCGGAAGGGUCCGGCGCCGCAGCCGCAGCCGAAACCGCUCACCACCAAGGACCAGCAGAUGGAUCUGAUCGCGUUCUCGCAGAACGUGCACAUGCUCAACCAGGAGGUGCACAAGAACCUGCGCGUGAACAAGGCGGGCGUGCCGCUGGACGCGAUCGAGAAGCUGCCGAGCGACUACCGGCGGCCGCCUGGGUUCGUGCUCGUGCCGGGACUGCUUGGUACCGUGCCGGGCGGUGACUGUGCCAAGUACAGCUCGCUCCGCAGUGUCGACUGCGACCACGAGAUGACGAAGGAAGUGAUACAAAGGCAGCGUAAUAUGCAGCAACCGCCGCAGCGCAUCGACAUCAACCGGAACGACAUCCUGGGCGACCGCAAGAUGGAGCUGAGCGACCGGAAGCUCUCGAGCAACUGGCACCAGGCGUUCCAGGGGACGGACGGCACGACGCCCCAGGACAAGUUUAAGGGUCUCGCAAGAUCGCCGCAAAAUCAAAACGAACCGGCCCACAUCCGUAGCAUUCCAGCGUUCAGCUAUCUCAAUCCGAACAAUCAACAGAUCCUGCGCUAUUCGCCGAACCAGCACCGCGACGCGUCCGGCGAGCCAACGACCGGCCACGCGCCACCCCACCCGAGCCCGGUUCGCCAGUCGCCGGUCGAGCAGCCGACACGGGAAGCAUCAACACCGCCCACUCGGCUCGGCCUGCUCGGGCUCGGUGGCGGCGGCGGCGCUGGCAAGAAGGCGGCGAAGGCAGAGCUGAAGGCACGCGAGAAAGAGAACAAGGAGCGCAAAAAGCGCGAAAAGAAGGCCAAGAAGGAGAAGGAAAAGGCGGCCGCUAAUGGGCUGACGGCAUCGUCGACCUCGUCAUCCGGCGGGUCGGCCGCCUCGUCCGGUGCGUCCUCGGGCGAGAAGCAGCGCAAGGAGCCGGCCGGAAGGAAGAAACGCUCCGAACAAAAGGAGCAACAACAGCAGCAGCAGCAGCAGCAGCAGAUUGUGAGUCGGUUUGCGGGUGUGGACGACCAGUCGCUGCACGAAUACCACCAACAGUACCAGCAGCAGCAGCAACAGCAACAAGUACCUCAGAAGCGACUGAUAGAGCAUCACGAGUAUCAGAACAUUUCGGAGGAGACGAAAAUCGACAGCAAGAGCCCGGUGAUGCGGAUGUUUGGCGAUACGAACUUCCUGGUGAACCAUCGGCGCAAGGCGGCCGAGCAGAAGCAGCAGCUGGCCCAGCUCCAGCAGGUCCAGCAGUACCAGAAGCAGCAGCAACAGCAGCAACAGAAAGCUCGUCAACAGCAGCAACAGCAGCAGCAGCAUCACCAUCAAGGUAACGGAGGACCUCCGGGUUGGCGUCAGCAGGAGCUGAACUGUGGCCAGGGCGUUUGCGAACUCCUUAACGGGGUCUAUCGGUUCAGCCCACACGUCACCUCGUUCGCUCAGCUCGAUUCGAAGAGCGCCAGCAGCCUAUCGGACGAUCGGUCCACGCUGGACAAGGACUACCAGAACUUCAACGUGUCCAAGUACCUGAACAUCGACGUGAAGGGUCCGCUGCACCACCAGCGCGACCGGGCCCGGGACAGCGGUGUGCACGAGCGGGACAUCAGCUCGAACAGCUCGAGCCUAAGCACGGGCAGCAGCGGCAUGAACUCGCUCAACUCGUUCGAUUCCGUCGAGCAGGCGAUCAUCUUCCAGAAGGACCGCAAUGCCGACUCUUACCUUGGGCCGUUCAACUUCCGCCAGCUGUUGCGGCCGACCCAGGGCCCAACCGAGUCGCUCCGCAAGCGCAAGGGCAUCAAUCCACCGUCGCCGCCACCACCGCAGAGGGGCAAAAGUUAGGCAGGGAUUGCAGGCCGCUCCCGAUUGGUCCGCCUGUAUGAUUGCCUAACAGUUAGCUUACGCGCAACAAAUGCAACGAACCAAAGAAACGCGAGCCUUGUGCGAGGGGGAGCUCCCGGACAUCCGGCUGCCUCGUUACUUUAGGGCGGUAGUUGAGCAAAAGUGGCGCUCCCCUCCCUUUGACACGAAAGUUACACAAUGUGUUGCGCCUUGGAAGAAUCGAACGACAAAAGGAAAGGCCGCAAAGCUCGAAUCGCGGGAAAGUUUGCGGACAGAAGAAUGUUGGUGUUGGUUGAGCGUGUACACUUUUACCAUAGUUUAAAGAACCGGGCUCCCAGCCCAUAUUGGUCGGUGAAAAUGCAACAGUUUUGUUGAUGGUCGAGCCUUUGUGUGCCUGUCUCUCCCUCUAAUCUGCCCUCUAAUCUUUGUAAAAGGUAAUUUAUUUAUCGCACGGUUAGUUACCCUCUUCGUUACGGCGCGGCUUCUCCGAUUGGCCGUGUGUUUCACACGUCACCAUUAUUUGUGUAAGCAAAUCCACCAGAAACAGGAUGUAAGUUUCCAAUUCGAGUGUAAGCAAAACUGUUUGUUAACAAUGCACGCAAAGCGAAUUGCGUUGGCAAAAUUGUGCCAACAACACUGGGUAGUGAUGCAUCGCCGAAUAUAUAUAAAAAACGGUAUGGAAAGGAGGGACCGCAUUGCACUCGAUUGAGUAAAGAGCUUGAGCUGAGCUUGGUUAAGUUAGCAGAUAGUCGAUAACAGUACAAUUCAAUGAGGUAGAAGGGAGAUAAAUUUUCGGAUUAUAAAAGAAAGUCUGAAGAAGCGGAAAUAAAUAACGAAACGGCGGGUGUGCAACGAACAGUAAUUCAAAGCGGUGUGAUGAUUGCGAUAGAAAUUAAUAACAAUGUAUUUAAGAAUCCAUUUCCGUGUUUUUUCGUUCGGGAUGAGCAUGAAUUCAGUUUGAUGAAUUUGGGUUAGGAUGGAGUGGUAAGACGGUUUGAACUGUUAGUGCGUAGUUUUCUAGACAGUAGGUUUGGUUUUGAAAAUAAAGGCAACAUUAACAAUUGUUAUUAAA